AUGCAGAACGACAUGUUCGACGCCAUCAACCUCUCCUCCCUCGACCAGUACCAGCACGUCUUUGCCGCAGACCCGCACCAGCCUCCCCAGCAGCACCACCCACACCCUCUCAACGGCCACCAGCACGAUGGCAAUGGCAUCGAACAGUUCUUUGACGCCAGCCAGGAGGCGUUCCUAUCCGACUUUGCCCUCGAACAGCACCUGCCGCAGCAAGGCCACCCAAUCGAUCACUCCGCCAUUGCCUCCUGGGCAGCCCAGCAGCCACCACCGCCGCCCAACCACGACGACUACGGACGAGCCUCGAACCACGAUGGACCGAGCCCCGGCACCCUGCCUAAUCGUCACCACUCCUUCGACGGCGCCUCGCCCUCGUUGCCGCUCGGCUCGCACUCGGAUGCGUUCCACAUCGGGUCGAGCGACGGCGGCGGCUUCGCCCAGUACGACGCGUCAAAGGCGGCGUCCGGCAACGGUGCUCCUGGCGCCUCGGGGUCGCAGUCGGGUCCGGCCUCGCGGCGCAGGACGCGACGGAGACAGAACAUCAGUUGCGACCAGUGCCGAGCGUCAAAGAGGGGCUGCGACUUCCAGCUCAAGCUCGACGCCGACGGCAACGAUGUGACCCAGUCGGCGGGGGGCAGUGCCGACUCGUCUGCGGGAGCCAAGAGGAAGGCCGACCCUUCCGACACCGAGGGUGGGCAAAAGUCUUCCCCGGUCUGCUCCAAUUGUCAGCGGAGGGGCAUCGAGUGCACGACGCACUUUGCCGACUCGGUGCGAUGCAGCAAACAGCAGGCGCAGGCGAUCAAGGAGGCCGAGGCCACUACCGGCCUCGGCCCGGCUGCGGGCGGCUCGACCAAGAAGCGCAUCGUCUCGCCCGGCCAGUCGCCUGUCGAAGUUCGUUCGGGCUCGAUGUCAUCCGAGGCCGGGUCAACGAUGCGCGACUUGAUCCAACGAAGCAAUGGCACAGCGCUGACGCUUUCCUGGAACGGCGCCAACGGCCGCUUUGCCGAUCGAGCCGACUCGCUCUCGCUGACCACCGACCGCAUGCGCCUCUACGUCUCGACCGUCGAGCCCAACGCCAACCUCUGGCUGUCGAGGGCGUGCUCGCCCCUGCGCACCGAGGGCGACCUCGGCGCCUUUAUCAAGCGCGCCGUGGCGAGCCACUCGCUCGACAUGUCUCAGAAGCUGUGGGCGUCGUGGCACGUCGAUUCGCCCUCGCCGCAAAAGGACCACCAGCCCAACUUGUUCUUCCUCGUCUUCGGCCUCGAUCACUUGGGCGAAGAGAUGAACCUCUGGAACCGCAAGGUGGCCGCGCUCCCCUCGGGCCAGAAGAAGAAGUUGACGGCGGCAGACGCUCAGCAGGCAGAGGAAGCCCUCGAGACGGCCACCAAGGAGUUCCACGAGCGGCUCGAGAGCCUCACCGGCAAUGGCCCAGGAGGCUGGAUGUGGUCCAGCCGCGAUGCCUCGGUCGACGAGGCCGUCAAGGCGGCGAUGCUGGCCUACGCCUGCCAGUACCGUCUCGAUGGCGGAUCCUUUCCGGGAGCUGGGCCGGCGAGCACAAUGGAGGAGGCCAAGGCAAUCGAGGCGCACGACCGCGUCGCUACGGCCGCCUGGAAAAAGGCAAGGUCGCUGCUCCUGCAGCUGGCGCCGCGGAGGUCGUGCAGGAUCGCAUUUGGUCUUUUCCUGUUCGCCGUCACCGCGCCUCCGGCCGGUGCGCUCGCCGAUGGCGGCGUCAACUCGGGCACCAACGCCACCGAGGAUGCCGCCUUCGCUUUUGAGACCGCCUCCCGGCAUCUCGAGUGGUACAUCCAGGCGGCGAGGGAUCUCGAGAGGGCCGUCGAUGACACGUCGCGCAAUCCGGUCCUGCAGAACCACCCGCAGGUGCUCCGGCAGAAGCAGAUGGCCUCGGACCUCAAAGGCCUGGCCGAAUCGCUUGGAUGGUUCGGCUUGCUGAUCGACACGGUGUCGAGCGUCUCGCUGAGGCGCAAGUCGGUGAUGCGCGAGGACAACCUGCUGGGCAAGCCGUCUGGGCUCGAGACGAGCCUCUUUGGCGGGUACGGUACCGGCUCCUCUCCCACAUCGAGCUCCAAGUCCGCCUCGUCGCCCGACAAUACGGCCGCGGCGCUGUUCGCCAUCCAGGACACGUUGGAGCUGCUGCCCGGGCGGCAAGCUCCUCCAGGCGCAUUUCCGGGCACGGGUUCGUCGUACCUGCACGAGGUCAGCAACGACGAAGAUGGCGGCAUCGUCGUCGACACCGAGAUGUCGAAGCGGAUCCUGGAGCGCGCCGCCUGCGCCCGCGACAUGAUCCCGGCGCUGCUGAGGAACCCCGGCGCCAUUAGCAAGUCGAUCCCCUUUGACGUACUGCUGGGAAGCGACGGCAACGGCGGAGACCGGACCCCGUCGUCGCUCCUCUCGCUCGGCGGCGGCUCCCACAACCUGAGCGAGCAGGUGGUGCUGUUGGGCAUCGCGUGGGGCACCGCGGUCGAGGUCUACAUCUGGAGACGAAUCAAUGCGCUGCAGACGCUCUCAGCGCCGCUGCUGUCUGCCACGUCGCCCAUCAACGCCUACAUCAGCGGCGGCGGCACGUUUGUCAAUGACAAGAAGGAGAAGCUGGUGGACAAUGUGCUCGAGUCGAUCCGGCUCUUCCACUCGAUCUUUGACGGGCUCAUCUCCAAGGCGCUCGACGACUACUUUGGAUUCACCCGACAGGCCCGCAGCAUGUUGUCCAUGUUUGUCCUGCACAUCCAUCUUGGCGUGCUCCACUUUAUCCGCCUCACCAAGGAUCUCGAGCAAAAGGAGGUCGACCUGGUGCAGCAGUUCAACAACCUCAGCCUCGGCGCAGACCUUUCCGUCAAUGGUCUGCCUCCGGCGACGACGGCUGCCCCGAGCAUCUUUGGCGCAGACCCCUUUGCCGGGUCGCCCGAGACUGCCUCCAGCCAGUCACCUCCGAUCAAUGCCAAGCUCGGACAGCCGGCCAACCUGGGACAGCCGGCCAACCUCGGCCAGCCGCCCAACGGCUUCACGCCGCUUCGGUCCAAGCUGGCCCCCUCGUCGCAAAUCCGGCGCAUGGUGGGCAAGCAAGCGGCCAUGGGGAUGGCGCGGGUAACACGGCUGAUGAACCUCGAGAGCAGCCAGCUGGAGCGCACCUGGUCGGCCAGCAGCGCCAGCCCGGGCUCGAACCGAGGCACGCCGAGCCCCGUCGACGAGUCCGGCUCGGCGCCCUGGCGCCACCCAUACCCGCUCCUCCUCGCUGACGCGCUCAAGCUGGCGGCGCAGCAGCUGCACGACGAGGUGUGGGACCAGCUGCUGGCCGUGCCCCGCGACGUGGAAGAGUUCAACGCGACGCUGGGCCACCUCGACACGUGCCUCGAUGGCCUGUCGAGGCUGCUCCACUCGGUGCCCGCCCUGGUGGGCUACCGGCAGGGCCUCGACGAGCUGAGGAGCGCGCGCGACACGGCCGCCUUUGUCGCGACGCAGCAGUAG